AUCCCUUCUCCUCAUUUCGAGAGAAUCUCAUUGUCUUGAGUCCCUACUAUGGCUCCUACUAUGUUUCUUCUGCUGUUAGCUUUGUGUGCAGUGAGUUUUAAUCAGAAAUUUGCUCACUCUGAGGGAGCGAGCCAGGCUCAGCGUGUCUCUGGCAAGCAGCGUGGCGAGGCGUGUGUGUGUCCCUUCAACUCCAGCGCGUGGGUCUUCCCCACCCUCAAGUACGAGAGGGUGCAGCGGACCGUGGAGGGCUGUGAGGAAGCCAUAGAGAACCAAGAGAACCAGGUGAUGCUGUCCAGCGAACGUCUCCCCCAGAUGCAGGCUCUGCUUCAGAACCUGAGCGCCCGUCUGGAGCCCUACCUCUACCUGAGGAAGGCAGGCCUGCACUCGGCCCUGUGGCUGUCCACGCUGGGCCAGGAGCUGAAGAAGCUAGAGGGGGACAUUAGCCUUCUCCACAGCCAGGGAGAGAGCAAGGAAACAAAGACACUGUCUGCGGAGACAAGACAACUACGGAUAGAUGUGGAGAAAAUGUACCAUUUUGACACCAUAAACAUGAAGACAAUCAAAGAGAAGCUGAGGUAUCUGAAGAACCGUGCCGAGUCUUGUAGGUCAUUCCCCAAGGAUUUCCAUGGCAAAUAUUCGCAUUGCACCACCAAGGGCCUGAUAAGCAACAUCAGCAGCCCAGUAGUGACCAAGAUCAGCCCUUUUGGCAAGAGCCUCAUAUCGGGCUCCUGGGGGAAACAGGCCGGGCAGGGCGGCUCCAGGGACAGCGACAGCUACUGGGUUCAACCCCUGGCCAGCGCCAACAACUGGGGCAACACCUUGCGUCUUUACCCCUCCUAUGAGAAGUUCAUGGCCUCCGCCGGACACCGCGACGUGACCUUCGCUCCGACCAUCUCCCACAAGGACGCCAACGAGGGCCCCAACGGCGUGCUCUACGGGGACGCCUUCUACUACCACUGCUACCGCACCGCUGACGUCUGCCGCUACAACCUCACCAGCGGCACCGUGGCGCGGGUCACGCUGCCCGGCGACGUGGGCUUCAACAACAAGUUCCCGUACUGCUACUACGACUGCCGCCCCUACAGCGACGUGGACCUGGAGGCGGACGAGACGGGCGUGUGGGCCCUCUACGCCACGAUGGGCAGCCACGGCAACCUGGUGGUGAGCCGGCUGCAGUGGGACGGCGCGGCGCUCAACGUCACGCACACGUGGGAGACGCACGUGUUCAAGAAGGCGGUGAGCAACGCGUUCAUGGCGUGCGGCGUGCUGUACGCCACGCGCUACGCCGACGAGUCCAAAGAGGAGGUCUUCUACGCCUUCGACACGGGCACGGGCGCGGAGGACCACGCGCUGGCGCUGCCGCUGGAGAAGGUGGCCAAGGGGGCCGCCAGCGUGAGCUACAACCCCGUCGACAGGCAGAUCUACAUGUACAACGACGGAUACCUACUGGCCUACCAGGCCGUGUUCUGAUAGCACGUCUCUUGGUGUCCUCGGUGAACAGUGUGGUUGUAUGAUGUGUUACAUCGUUGGGAGUUUUGGCGAAAUGAAAGUGAAUUUUUAUACACACAUAAAAAGUAUUUGAUUGGUGCAUUUUUAAUUCCUCAAUGACGUGUCAAUAAAGACAUUUAUUUGCAAGCAAACAAAUAAAUCUAAAUCUAAAAUGCUUACGUGUA